AGUAAAAUUUAUUAUAUUUCGAAAGCGGAAAACAGAAAGCAUUAUAGAAUUUAUGGAAUGAAUAGUAUUGCCCAUAAUCAGGGUGUGAACAGUGAAAAAAUGAUACCUUGAUCUAAUUCAUAGACGAGGUAUUGGAUAUAGCUUGGAGAAAUCCAAUGGCAAUAAAGAGAAUGUAACACGCAGAAAAUUAUUUAAAGGGAGAAUAGUAAAUAGUAUAAGAGCAAGAAACAGACAUGAAUGCAGGCAGGCAGGCAGCCAGACAAGAAGGCAAGAUAGAGGGGCGAUCCGUGGAUAAAAAAUAUUUGGAUACUUUGGCAGGCGCUCAAACUCGAGUUUAUAUUGUUUGUCGUUUGUUGUCUGUUUACCCCAAAAUAGUGUUCAAUAUUAUUGAUGUUUGUUUUGACUGAAAUUCUCCAUAGAUCUCUCAUGUUUAUAAUAAAUUCAUCUAUUGAUGGAUCUGCUUAUUUCUGACAUAAUUCAUACUUUCUAUGUUAUUCGGAAAAAAAUUUCAAUUGAAUCAUAUAUGAUUAGUGAUUUUAAUUUAAUUAUUACCGUGCAUUUCCAAAUGAUGAUUUGAAUAAGAAACAAAAAAAGCGUUCGAUAACUCGACAAUAAUUUCGGCCAACGACCAACAAAUCUAUAUUCAUUAUAAAAUGUUUAUUUCUAUUGAUACCAAAAAGAAUCCGAGAAAAAACUCGGACAGAAUUUGAUGCAAUCAUAAAGUUUUUAUUGAAUGUAUAUAUCCUCAAAGAACAACGAAGCAAAAUAAGAAUAAUAUAAAUCAUCCUCGACGACUUUUGGAUUUUUUUUAUAAAAACAUUUUAGUUACUGAGAAUUUGAUCGCCAUUUUCAAUGACAUUGACAUUCAAGAAAUUUUGCUUGACAACUAAUGAAUAAAAAUGAUAUUUUUUGAGUAAUGAUAUAUUAUAAUUCAAUGAAAAUAUGAUCAGAAAGAUGUGAAUAAUUUUGUUUGAAACAUAAUCAUGAAAUGCAAUUAUUGAUGGAAAUCAAUUACAUUCUUACAUUGUUUACAUUGAAUAAACUGAAAUGGAUUAAAUCCAAGUUUAAACGAUCAUCACUGAUCAUACAUCUUACCGGAAAGUAAUUGUUUCCUAAUUUAAAGUUGCCAUAAUUUUAUUUUUUACUCUCUGUGACCAUUUUUUCGAAUUUAUCUACAUACACUCAUAAAUACACUAAACACGGAAUAAACCAAAUAAAAAGAAAGACAAUGGAAUUCUUUGGAAAAUUUACUGAUCAUCUUAAAGGUUGGUUUCAGAAUCAACGAUCAUCAUCAUCAUCAUCAUCUUCGACGACUGUGACACAAAAUUCAUCAUCGUUAAACAUGGCCAGUGGUUUAAUACGACCACAUACAUCACCACCAUCAACAUUAUCAUCAGCUAACAAUGAUAGAAUAGCACAUUUUCUAAUCGAAAAUAAUGCCGCCGAUUUAAAAUGCACAUCCACAACAUCAUCAACUACAACAACAACCAUGAUUCGAUCUCCAAAUUCUUUGACAAACAAUACGCCAAUACGAGCAUCAUCAACGUCAUCAAAAAAUACGACAACAGUCAAUAAUAAUAAUAAUAGCCCAUCAUUAUCAUUGGCCAUAAAAUCAUCACAUCUUCAUCAACAACAAGUAUUGCCGCCAUCAUCACUAUCAUUAUCAUCACCACAUUGGCCGACGUCAAGAUCGCCCGGCACACCUGGUGGUACAACUAGCUAUAGUACAAUGAAUUCAACAUCACCCACCAAUGCAUCCAAUCAUCAUCAUUAUCCAACUUAUAAUAAUAAUAAUAAUAAUUAUCAUAAUAAUACAACGCCAUACUACCAAUACAAUCAUCAACAGCAACAACAGAAUAUUAAUCGUUCUUUUGAGCAUGGUUACCAAAUGCAUUAUAAUAAUAAUAAUAAUCAAUCGACAGCAUCGUCAUCAUCAUCAUCAACAUCUUUCGGUGCUCAAGUUCCUUUAACACCAGGACCUAAUACUACUUCUAUCGGCCUUGGUCCACGAAGCUAUUCAGCAAUAAAUACACCCGAUUCUCCAGUUAAUUUUCGUCGUCAAUAUUCACUGAAUGUGAAUCAACGUGGUGGCCAUCAUAAUCAUCAUCAUCACAAUAAUAGUAGCUCUUCCGGAGGUAAUACUUCUCGUCUUCAAUUAGAUUUACGUUCGCAAAAAAAUUCACCAGUUUAUCAACAACAAUCUGCUAGUACCGAUUUGAUUGACAAACAUUCAUUAAGUCCUAGACCAAGGCCUAAAGAUUUGAGUCUUUCGAAUAGUCAAGAUAACAUGUUGAAACACAUGGAUGGUCAUCAUAAUUCUAGUCGUUUUGGCGAUAUUAAUUCUUACAGUGGACCUAAUCGUAUACCGAAACCAUUGAAAUUGACAUCAUCAUCAUCAUCUUCUGUACAGAAUCGAUCACAACCUCGACCUUGUGAUGGUUUAUUCGACAAUCCCAAUAGUAGCGGCAACAGUAGCAAUCAUUAUCAUCAUUCACACAAACAAAAUUAUCAUCAUAAUUCCAGUGGUAAAGCACCAACAAAUACUGUUUCGAAUCCAAGUGGUCGUGGUUCGGCUAGAUGUACAGCUACCGGUGUUUCCACUCCACAUAGUGUUUAUUAUCAAAAUCGUUUCGAAUUAUCUCGUAAUAGUUUCCUAUUAAACAUUGAUGAAACGAAAUUUGAAAAUGUCAAAGAAAGUGAUUUUAUUCAGAUACGUGAACUUGGUGCAGGUAGUUUUGCUCAGGUGUAUAAAAUGCUUCAUCGACAAUCAAAUGUUCAUUUGGCUGUCAAGAAAAUGCGUCGAAGCGGAAAUCCGGAUGAAAUCCGACAUGUACAAAGAGAUAGGGAUCUAUUGCAAAAAUCAAACCAUAAGCAUGUGGUACAAUGUUAUGGAUAUUUAAUACUCGAAACAGAAAUAUGGAUAUUCAUGGAAUUGAUGGCCACAUGUUUUGAUCGAUUAAUUAAACAUCUAUCAAAACGAAACGAAACCGUUCCUGAACGAAUAAUCGGAAAAGUUGCCGUCGCUACAAUCGAUGCAUUGGAUUAUCUCAAAAAAGAGCUUCAAGCCAUACAUCGUGAUAUUAAGCCUUCAAACAUAUUAAUCAAUGAUCAGGGCAUUAUUAAAUUGUGUGAUUUUGGUAUUUCAGGCUAUCUAAUUGAUUCAAAAGCUCAUACAAGAACCGUUGGUUCAACACCUUAUAUGGCUCCUGAAAGAAUACAACCACCAUCAGAUGGAACCUAUGAUAUACGAUCCGAUAUUUGGAGCAUGGGAAUCACAUUGAUCGAGAUAGCCACCGGACAAUUUCCAUACAAAAAUUGGUCGACUAUGUUUGAAAUAUUAUCGAUUGUGAUUUCACAAGAACCACCUCGAUUACCGGAUGAUCAGGGUUUUUCCGAAGACUUUCAAUCAUUCAUUGAAGCAUGAUAAGAAAUACAAUUCCGGACAUUUUUUUCAAUUCGCUUGUUGGUAACAAAUUGU